GCAGCGUGGCCCCGGUACCGCAUCGUGGGCACGGCCGACUCGGGCCAGUACAACCUGGAGAUCCGCGACGCCGAGCUCUCCGAUGACGCCGUCUACGAGUGCCAGGCCACCGAGGCCGCGCUGCGCUCGCGCCGCGCCAAGCUCACCGUGCUCAUCCCCCCGGAGGACCCCACGAUCGACGGCGCCCCCGAGAUCCUGCUGAGGGCGGGGACCCCCUACAACCUGACGUGCCGCGCCCGCAGCGCCAAGCCCGCGGCCACCAUCGCCUGGUUCCGCGACGGGCAGCAGCAGGACGGGGCUGUCACCAGCACGGAGCUGCUGGCCGAUGGCAAGCGCGAGAGCACCACGAGCCUGCUGGCCAUCACCCCCACGGACCUGGACAUCGGCCGCGUCUUCUCCUGCCGCAGCUCCAACGAGGCCGUGCCCGCGGGAAAGGAGACCUUCGUCAGGCUCAACGUGCACCACCCCCCGACGGUGACCCUGUCCAUCCAGCCCCAGACGGUGCAGGAGGGCGAGCGCGUCGUGUUCACCUGCAUGGCCACGGCCAACCCCGAGAUCAAGGGCUACAGCGUCCCCCCGGCCCCGCAGGUCCUGAGCAACAGCAACCAGCUGUACCUGAAGUCGGUGACGCAGGCGGACGCCGGCCAGUACGUCUGCAAGGCCAUCGUGCCCCGCAUCGGCGUGGGCGAGAGGGAGGUCACGCUCUUCGUCAACGGCCCCCCGAUCAUCUCCAGCGAGCCGGUGCAGUUCGCCGUGCGCGGCGACCGCGGCAAGGUCGAGUGCUUCAUCGGCAGCACGCCGCCGCCCGACCGCAUCGCGUGGGCGUGGAAGGAGAACAUUCUGGAAGCGGGCACGCUGGAGCGCUACACGGUGGAGAGGAGCAACACGGGCAGCGGCGUGCUGUCCACGCUGAGCAUCCAGAACGUCGUGGACGCCGACUUCCAGACGCGCUACAACUGCACGGCCUGGAACAGCUUCGGGCCCGGCACGGCCAUCAUCCAGCUCGAGGAGAAAGAGGUCCUGCCCGUGGGCAUCAUCGCCGGGGCCACCAUCGGGGCCAGCAUCCUCCUCAUCAGCUGCCUGGUGGCCCUCGCCUGCUUCCUGUACCGGCGCCGCAAAGGAAGCCGCAAGGACGUCACGCUGCGCAAGCUGGACAUCAAGGUGGAGACGGUGAACCGGGAGCCGCUGACGCUGCACGCAGACAGGGAGGAGGACACGGCCAGCGUGUCCACGGCCACCCGCGUCAUGAAGGCCAUCUACUCGUCGUUCAAGGAUGACGUGGACUUGAAGCAGGACCUGCGCUGCGACACCAUCGACACCCGCGAGGAGUACGAGCUCAAGGUCCGGUCCCGCCGGGAUUUUAGGGUGGGGAGAGAGGGGCAGAUCCCAAAUCUUCUUCUUUUUUUUUUUUUCCCCCCCGGAAUGGGUGGAAAACUCCAGGGAUUUCAGGCGGGCGGCGCGGCCUUCCCGGGCGGCGCGGCCUUCCCGCCCUACCGGCUGGGCUUCGGCGCGGCCGCGGGGCUGGAGCGCGGCGCCUACGAGGCCUACGAGGCCGUGGGCAAGUUCGGCAGCGCGGCGCGCUUCUCCUACACCUCGCAGCACUCGGACUACGGGCAGCGCUUCCAGCAGCGCAUGCAGACGCACGUCUAGGGCGGGCGCGGCUCCGCGGGUACCUCACCGGCGCCCCCUGAUAUUCAGGGGUUCGCCCCGCCAUCCCUCCCUGCCCCGGUUCCCCCGGUUUCCUUGGAGCUUCCGUUCAUUCCGUUGGUUGUUUUUCCGCCGGUACUUUCCCGCCCCCGCGGGUGGAGGGACGGGGGUGUCACCGCCCUGUCCCCUCCCCGCGUCGCCCCCGCCGGGGUUUGAGCCCUGUCGUCGUUGGGGAGCAGCUCUGCGUGUCCCUAAACCCCGGGGGACGUGCAAAUCCCAAAAACAGCCCCGUCCCGAACCAUUCCCCUUGGGAUCUGUGUGUUCCCAAAUCCCGAGGGACACACACGUCCCAAAAAAACCCAUCCUGAACCAUUCCCAUUGGGAUCUGUGUUCCCAAAUCCAGAGGGACACACACAUCCCAAAAAAACCCAUCCUGAACCAUUCCCAUUGGGAUCUGUGUUCCCAAAUCCAGAGGGACACACACAUCCCAAAAAAACCCAUCCUGAACCAUUCCAAUUCCCCAAGCCAUUCCCAUUCCCAUUGGGAUCCGUGUUCCCGAAUCCAGAGGAACACACAAAUCCCAAAACCAGCCUCAUCCCAAACCAUUCCCAUUCCCAUUCCCAUUCCCAUUCCCAUUCCCAUUGGGAUCCAUGUUCCCAAAUCCAGAGGGACACGAAAAUCCCAACACCAGCCCCAUCCCAAACCAUUCCCAUUCUCAUUAGGAUCCACACAUCCCCAAAUCCAGAGAGAUGUGCAAAUCCCAAAACCAGCCCCAUCCCAAACCACUGCCAUUCCCAUUGGGAUCCGCAUGUUCCCAAACCCAGAGGGACACAGAAAUCCCAAAACCAGCCCCAUCCCGAACCACUGCCAUUGCCAUUCCCAUCGGGAUCAGCGGGAGGGUUCUGCGUGCCCCCAGAUCCAGAGGGGACGCACAAACCCCACAACAACGCCCCAUCCCGACCCAUUCCCAUUCCCUGUGCCUUGAUUUCGGGGCCCCCCCCGUCAGGGACGGCUGCCCCCGUUCUCCCCAUCCCAAAUCCCCCUGGAGCGGCGGGAGUUUGGGGUUUGGGAGCAGCCCCCGUUCCGUACGCACACCGCUCCCGCGGGAAAGGCGGCGCUGGGAUCCCCCAGUCCCGUCCCGGGGCGACCCCGGAGCUGGGGGUCCCUCCUGUGAAUGUAAAUCCAGCUGGGAAUCGCAUUCCCGGGAAUCCCGGGAAUCCCGGGAAACCGAAACGUCGGGAUCAGGAGCUCGGCCGGGCCCCUCUCCCAGGGCCGGGGACUGGGGGGCACCGGGGACCCCGGUUUGGGACUGGGGGUUUGGGGGGGAUGAGUUCUGGAGGGAAUU